AUGACAGAACCUGACAACUCUCUCUCAACAGGAUGGUUCAACUUCAUAAUGCCCACUUCUCCUCCCAUAAAAGAAGCUCUUCCUCUUCUCAAUAAACUAAGCCUCACAAAAGAAUAUCAUAAGGCCCCAUGGAAUGCCAUGGAGGAUGAAGAUUGUUCCACAAUCGCCAAUAAUGAAAGUGAAACUGUAUCUUUGCAUAUAGGGCUUCCGAUAAGCUCAAGUUCUGGUUCAUCAGGAUCCGGGGCCAAUACUGGAUAUGGUUUUAAUGUACUUUCAGGGCUGCCCUCAAACAGCCUGAACAAGGGCCAAUACUGGAUUCCUACCCCUUCCCAGAUUAUCAGUGGACCAACUCAGUUUUCGUGUCACAUUUGCUACAAGAGUUUUAACAGAUACAACAACUUGAAGAUGCAUAUGUGGGGGCAUGGAUCACAGUACAGAAAAGGGCCUGAAUCUCUAAGGGGAACUCAACCAACUGGAAUGCUAAGGCUUCCAUGCUAUUGUUGUGCACCUGAAUGCAAGCACAAUAUUGAUCACCCAACAGCAAGGCCCCUCAAAGACUUCAGGAUCCUCCAAACACAUUACAAGAGAAAGCAUGGAACAAAAUCAUUCGUGUGCACAAAAUGUGGGAAACCCUUUGCAGUUAAGGGUGAUUGGAGAACACAUGAAAAGAACUGUGGCAAGAUUUGGUACUGCAUUUGCGGUUCUGAUUUCAAGCACAAAAGGUCCCUUAAAGAUCACAUUAAAGUCUUUGGUCUUGGACACCAAACUUUGGGAAUUCGCAUUGAUUUUGAAGAAGAUGAUGAAAAUCUGCUGGAAACAUUUCAUCUAAAAGUUUAAAUUUUAGUUUUUAGAGAGGACAAAUUCAGUCAUUUUGAUUCAGUGAUAAGAUGCUUGGUACUAUGUUAAACGACAUUUAAAAGUUUAAGAUUUGAAGAUGGGGUAAUUUGUUCAUUUGAAUUUUACCUUCCCAUGAGAAGGAGAGAUUUGUUCAGAGGCCAAUUACGGCGGGAAUCUCCAGUAUGAUACGGGAGUGAAUUGUAGUAUAAAAUUUUAUGAAUGUAUAUGGAUGCCGAAAUUCAUAUUCGUACGGCAAUCAAGCGUCAAUUGUUCUUUAUGUUGUAAUGUGACAAA